AUGGUCGCUAGAGGUAGAACAGACGAGAUAUCUACAGAUGUUUCAGAGGCUAAUUCUGAACACUCGUUGAUGAUUACAGAAACAUCAUCACCGUUCAGAUCUAUAUUCUCCCACAGUGGGAAAGUAGCGAAUGCAGGCGCUUUAGAGGAAUCGGACAAGCAGAUACUGGAAUGGGCAGGUAAACUGGAAUUGGAGAGUAUGGAGCUGAGGGAAAACUCUGACAAGCUAAUUAAAGUUUUAAAUGAAAAUUCUAAGACAUUAUGUAAAUCGCUAAACAAGUUUAACCAGCUACUGGAACAAGAUGCUGCUACGAACGGAAACGUGAAAACCUUAAUAAAGGAUUUGGCUUCCCAGAUUGAAAACCAACUGGACAAAGUGUCAACAGCAAUGUUAUCGAAAGGCGACGAGAAGAAGACAAAGUCGGAUUCCAGCUACAGGCAGGUAUUAGUCGAAGAAAUAAGCAGGUAUAAUUCCAAGAUAACGCGACACGUAACUAACAAGCAGCAUGAGACGGAAAAGUCGAUGAGGUGCACCCAGGAGAUGCUCUUCAACGUCGGCAGCCAACUGGAGGACGUGCAUAAAGUGCUCCUGUCUCUAUCCAAAGACAUGCACAGUCUACAAACCCGCCAGACUGCUCUAGAGAUGGCGUUUCGAGAAAAGGCAGAUCACGCCUACGAUCGCCCGGAUGUGUCUCUGAAUGGCACCACACUCCUGCACGAUAUGGACGAAGCCCACGAUAAGCAGCGUAAGAAGUCCGUGCCGCCACCAAGAAUGAUGGUCACAAGGUCCAUGAAACGCAGAAGAUCCAGCUCCCCAACCCUAUCCACCAGCCAAAACCACAAUAGCGAAGACAAUGAUGACGCUAGCCAUCGGCUGAAGCGUGCGGCCAGGACCAUUAUUCCCUGGGAGGAACUAAGACCCGACACUCUGGAAUCUGAGCUGUGA